GAGCGUGAAUUCCCCACGCCCGAAGAAUGGACCAAUUGGACACGCUUCCUCUACCGGACAGCGCGAGGAAGGGAGAUCCCCGAGUCGAACGACCCCAAGGUCGCGGACUGGGGCCGCGCGUUCGAAAACUAUAAAGCCGCGCUCGAGCGGUUGGAGGACCCGGAGAAGGACGGCCAGGGUCUGGUCGAGCUGGCGGAAGGAGGGUUAUAUGUGCCGGGGAUCGGAAAGGCGGGCUUCGACCUGCAGAACAAGAGCGAGCCGUGGCGUCAAGGGUACUACGAAGUCCUCAUGGGACUGGCAACGUCCGCCGAGCAUCUGGACGGAUUCGUGCUGGACAAGAAGAAGCAUACGUACGUGCCGGAGAAAUACGUGGUUGGGCCUAAUCACCCCGAUGCACGGCCACUGCCCCCGUGGAUCAAAUCCGUUCCCCAGGAGCAGGACAGCGAGGUGGCCGCUCCGCCCGCGGAGAACUACUACACGAAGAUUCUUACCACCACGGGGUUUACCACCAAGCAACGGCUGGAUGCGGCAAUCUCAUACGCCGAAUGGCUGAACUUCAAAGAUUUACGAGACAGCGCACUGGAAACCUUACAUUGGGCACUCGACAUCGCCUGCACCUCGCUUCCCCGGGCUCAAGACGUCGUCGACCGAGAGAGCGGCAUCAUCCGCGCAAAAGCCCCCGUCGUUACCGAGAACAUCAUCACCGCCACCACCGCCCUUGGCGUGCACCAGGCCCAAACCGGCAACGCCUCCGCCGCGCUCGCCAUUUUCCUCUCCGUCCUCCGCGCCGUCCGCGCCGCUCCACACGCUGCGACGGUUGUCGACAACACGGAGAUAAAAGCGGCGCCCACGACCGACGUAGGGCUCGUCGCCGACACCAUCCGGCAGUUCCUCGCCAUGCUCGAGGAGCGGCCGUAUCCGCCGCCGCCGCCCUCCGGCGACGAACCGUACGCGCGAACCGCAGACGCGGAAUGCGCCGAGGCAGCGCUGUUGGUUUACAUUGGGGAGAUCCUCUUCGCGUCGUCGCCGUCAAAACACCUCGAGGGCAUCCAGUGGACGCGUAGCGGGCUA